AUGAACCACCCCCACCAACCAGGUCCUGGGCAUGAACACGUGAUCGACUCAAGAACCAAGAUGGCAAGAAAAAUCGUGGGCGUAUUUGUGGUUGCAGUGUGUCUACUCUCUGGGGUGUCUGGCGGCCGAAUCGAGCCCAGGUCUUUAAUGUCUAGUUUGUUCAAAACGCGGCUGGGAGACCUUUACAAACUGAGGGACUCGUUGCAAGGAGGCUUCCAAGAUACAACAACAACCACAACAACUACAACAACCACAACGACAACCACACCCCCGAGGCCCCCGUCGAGUGCGCGCUGGUCCCACGCCGACCUGGACUCCGACGACGUGUACAGAGGCCUGGCCGAUCUCUUCAGCCAAAGGGACGAAGCCAAACACGACAUCCACGUCUCCAACGGGUAUGACGUUCGGAAGCAGAAUUUGCCGAAGCCCAGCGCUUACUCCUUUUCCGAAGUGGACAUGUGGCAGCCGAACCACGCGCAGCUGAAGGGCGUGGGCGGCGAUGACGCGCGGGAGGGACAAGCACAGGGGAAUGGUAUCGAUGAGGGACCUUUAGGGAAUCCGGGGAACGCGACGUCGGGACCGGAAGGGAGAGAAGACGUCCCUCAGGAGUACUGGACGAGGAUCAAGAGCAUCGUGGGGAACAUGAAGUCGAUCCUGGAGCAGAUGUACCCCCCGGGGAGCGACGAGGAGGAGCUGCCGUUCCAGGUGAUCGACAAAGUGGUCAAGUUCGGAGACAAAGUGAACUUCCUGAACCGCCUCCGGGAGACGUUCGACCACGAGCUCCUGGGCUUCCUCGGACACAAGUGGGACGACAUCAAGGACAACGUGAUCAACAGCAGCCCCGUCCUGAAGACCGUGCUGUCCUUCGACACGCGCGAGAUGACAGGGAACAUCCUGAUGGGCCUCGUGAAGCAGGUGGGCCACCUCCUGCACCAGCAGGCCUUCACGCACUUGUCGGAGCUCGAUUUCGUGACGGAGCUCAUGAGGACGUCGGGCUUCAAGGACUCCGAGAUCUACCAGGUGUUCGAGCUCCUCGACCUGCCCACGGACACGGUGGAGUCCGAGGCGGAGUCCCGACAGCUGGGCUACAGCGGCUUCGGAGUCGAGAAGUCCGGAGGCUACGGGCACUCGGGAGGAGGCUACGGCGGCGGAGGCUACGGAGGAGGGGGCUACAUGCAGAGCUUCGACCCCUUCGUCCUCCUGGCGGGUCUUGCCUUCGCCACCUUCCUGGCCUACCUCAUCUACCGCCUCCUCUCCAGCACCACCGGCAGGAGGCGAGAGGUCCCCGACGUGUCCUUGGCCCUCGACCUCUCCGAUCUGCCGGACGUCGUGGGCAACAUCUACUCGUGGCUGGAGAAGACGGAGGCGCUGUAUGGAGGCGACGUCGAGGAGGAGAUCGUGGACGAGACGGAGAGCUUCGGGAAGGCCGUGAACCAGCUAUGGUCCAGCUUCCAGGCCGACAGACUCUCCCGGUCGUGCGUUAAACGGUACCUCUGCGACCACACCUACCGGACCAACCACGACCUUAUGGGAUAUGGCUCGACGCUCGAAACGCUGGCGCUGACGAGUCUGUCCCAUCUCUUCGGCGACGAAAACAGCGCGCGCAUGAUGGACAAUUUACAGGCACAGCUCAUGGACGGCGAAGAUGUCUCAUGCAUGGCACUGGCACCCAGCUGUGAUGACGUCACGUACCAGCUGGCGAGAGGGAACGAGACGAGACCCACGACCUCUUCCUCUUUGCCCACGACCACGAUCCUGCCCACGGAGAGAAACUCGAAUCGGGACCCGAAAUAAUGGGCAAGGAGGUUGAUUUUGUCUUCUGAUGGGUGUUGGGCGUCGCUGUGUGUGUGUUUUUUGUGUGUGUGUGCGUGUGUUUAUUCACGUACAUACACGAAUGCAGUGUCAUACAAUGCAAAUCUAUAGACGUACAGAUAUACGUGAAAACAAUCAUAUACACAUACACACAUACACACACACACACACACA